GCAACUCAAGGCAGGGAGCAAAACAAAGAGGUCUAACAAAUAUACAGAGAGAGUACCAACAAGAAGAAGAAUAGAAGAAUGAAGCGUACAAAUAUUUUAUCGUUUCUUCCCUUUAUAUUUCUUCUUCUUCCCCACUUGGGUUCGAAACAAAUCCUUGCAUCUGAAAAUGCGUCCUCAUAUGUGGUGUACUUUGGAAGUCACUCCCAUGUAGGAGAGAUAACACCAGAUGCUAUGGAUCGCGUCAGGGAAACACAUUACGACUUUCUUGGUUCCUUCACUGGAAGCCGUGAGAUUGCUACAGACGCCAUUUUCUACUCAUACACAAAGCACAUCAACGGCUUUGCCGCUCAUCUCGACCACGACCUCGCAUCAGCCAAUCUCCAAACACCCGAAGUUGUGUCUGUAUUUCCAAACAAAGCCUUGAAGCUUCACACGACUCGAUCAUGGGACUUCAUGGGUUUGGAACACAACUCUUACGUUCCUUCCUCUUCCAUUUGGAGAAAGGCCAGAUUCGGAGAAGAUUCCAUCAUUGCAAAUCUCGAUACAGGUGUGUGGCCUGAAUCUAAGAGCUUUAGGGAUGAAGGCUUGGGACCAAUUCCUUCAAGAUGGAAGGGAAUAUGUCAAAACGAGAAAGAUGCCACUUUCCCCACGCAACAGCUGAUAGGAGCAAGGUACUUCCACAAGGGCUACGCAGCAGCCGUGGGACCUCUCAACUCCUCCUUCGACUCUCCACGUGAUCUCGACGGCCAUGGCUCCCACACUCUCUCCACCGCCGGAGGAGCAUUCGUCCCCGGCGCCAACGUCUUCGGCCAAGGCAACGGCACGGCCAAAGGUGGCUCUCCGCGUGCCAGAGUCGCCGCCUACAAAGUCUGCUGGCCACCGGUCAAAGGCAACGAGUGCUACGACGCCGACGUGCUCGCCGCUUUCGACGCCGCCAUCCACGACGGUGCAGACGUCAUCUCUGUCUCGCUCGGCGGCGAACCAUCCUCGUUUUUCAAAGACAGCGUAGCGAUCGGGUCGUUUCACGCCGCGAAGAAGGGGAUCGUUGUCGUCUGCUCAGCCGGGAACUCCGGACCGGCGGAUAGUACGGUUUCGAACGUUGCGCCGUGGCUGAUCACCGUUGGAGCUAGCACCAUGGAUCGCGAGUUUGCUAGUAAUCUCAUUCUUGGUAACGGAAAGCAUUACAAGGGACAAAGCUUAGCACCAUCAUCUAUGCCACAUGCUAAGUUCUACCCAAUAAUUGCUGCUUCGGAAGCAAAAGCUAAGAACGUUACAGCUUUUGAUGCACAAUUGUGUAAACUUGGAUCGCUUGACCCCCAAAAGGCAAAGGGGAAGAUAUUAGUGUGUCUUAGAGGAAUCAACGGGAGAGUGGAAAAAGGACGAGCCGUGGCUUUAGCUGGUGGUGUAGGGAUGGUUCUCGAGAACAGUAAUGCCACUGGUAAUGAUCUAACCGCUGAUCCGCAUGUCCUCCCUGCCACACAGAUCAGUUUCAAGGACAGCCUUGCCUUAUCAAGAUAUAUCAGCCAAACCAAGAAACCCAUUGCGCAUAUUACUCCUUCAAGGACAGUUUUGGGAACAAAACCAGCACCCGUAAUGGCUGCCUUCUCGUCCAAGGGUCCUAGCUCGGUGGCUCCUGAGCUUCUGAAGCCGGAUAUUACUGCGCCUGGUGUGAGUGUGAUAGCCGCCUACACUGGAGCAGUAUCUCCAACAAACGAGAAGUUUGAUGCUCGACGUCUUCUGUACAAUGCUGUUUCAGGAACCUCCAUGUCUUGUCCUCAUGUCUCUGGCAUUGCCGGUCUUCUCAAAACCCGUUAUCCUUCUUGGAGCCCUGCAGCCAUCCGCUCUGCCAUCAUGACUACUGCAACAACAUUGGAUGACAUUCCCGGACCCAUACAAAACUCUACUUACAUGAAGGCAACACCUUUUAGUUUCGGGGCGGGACACGUCCGACCAAACCUAGCUGUGAAUCCUGGUCUGGUUUACGAUUCAGGCAUCAAGGAUUACCUCAACUUCUUAUGCUCCCUUGGAUACAAUGCAUCUCAAAUCUCUGUAUUCUCCGGGAAAAGCUUUACUUGUUCAAGCCGUAAAACCAGUCUUUACAACCUUAACUACCCUUCCAUAACAGUUUUAAACCUGUCAUCGAGCAAAGUCACCGUCUCAAGAACUGUUAAAAACGUUGGACGGCCUUCGACCUAUACCGUCCGGGUGAAUAACCCAGAGGGUGUUUAUGUUGUGGUGAAGCCGACGAGCUUAAAUUUCACCAAGGUUGGAGAGCAAAAGACGUUUAAAGUGACCAUUGUGAAGCGUAAGGGGAAAGUGGCUAAGGGUUAUGUGUUUGGAGAUUUGGUUUGGUCAGACAAGAAGCAUCAUGUGAGGAGUCCCAUUGUGGUGAAGCUCUGACUAUUUACCGGAUAAUAUCUAAAGGUUGUAUGUCUACAAAAGGGAAUAACAUGAUUUUUAGUGCCACUGAUGUUGUUUGUUUCAUGAAAUUUAGUUACUUGUGUUUGAAUUCUAAGGCUUAGAAGAAGAAUGGUGUAAUUGUGAUUUAUCAUCGUCAUUCUUCAGCAGUUUAAUGUCAUGCUGAUCAUCAGAAUAAUAAUGUUGCUUCAAC